UGAGACCAUGCAAAAUCUCGAAACUGCAGCACCUUACCGGAGAUUUCCGAGCGGAUCGUCGCUGUUCCCCGCCGUCGUAUAGAAUAAUCGGAACCUACUCCAGCUGAUGAAGUGAUUCAAGCGCAGUUCACCACCACGCCAGAUUUCUGCACAGGCCUCGCGAAAUGGAGACGGGAGCGGAGACAGAAGACGUGCCCAAAUUACAUUUGGAGGCCAGCGAACUUUGGAGACAGUUCCAUCAAUGUUGCACUGAAAUGGUCAUCACAAAAUCUGGAAGGCGCAUGUUCCCACCUUUACGGUUAAGAUGCACUGGUAUGGAAACAAAAACUAAAUACAUCCUAAUGAUGGACGUCGUGGCGGCGGAUGAACGCAGAUAUAAAUUUCAUCAUUCCCGCUGGAUGGUGGCGGGGAAGGCGGAUCCAGAGUUGCCCAAGCGCGUGUACAUUCACCCGGACAGCCCUGCCGCAGGCGAGCAGUGGAUGUCCAAAGUGGUCACGUUCCACAAAGUGAAACUUACUAACAAUAAAUCUGACACGCAUGGAUUUACCAUCCUCAACUCGAUGCACAAAUAUCAACCAAGAUUUCACAUCGUAGAGGCAAACAAUAUCCUGAAGCUGUCUUGCAGCAGCACCUUUCAUACUUACAUCUUCCCUGAGACAGAGUUCAUUGCAGUUACAGCUUAUCAGAAUGACAAGAUCACUCAGCUGAAAAUAGACAACAAUCCUUUCGCAAAGGGAUUUCGCGACACAGGAAAUGGUAAAAGAGAAAAGAGGCAGUUCAUCAUCAGCCCAUUACCCGGUCCCACCAGUGCAGCCCAGAAUGGACCUUCCCCACUCAAGUAUGACAAACUGGGACUAUUUUUCUUCUCCAAUAACAUGGCCACCUAUUCCGCCUGUGGCUGA